AUGGUUGGGUUUGGGUGUGUUUGGUUGGACACCAUGGUUGGGUUUGGGUAUGUUUGGUUGGACACCAUGGUUGGGUUUGGGUGUGUUUGGUUGGACCCCAUGGUUGGGUUUGGGUAUGUUUGGUUGGACACCAUGGUUGGGUUUGGGUAUGUUUGGUUGGACACCAUGGUUGGGUUUGGGUAUGUUUGGUUGGACACCGUUGGGUUUGGGUAUGUUUGGUUGGACACCAUGGUUGGGUUUGGGUUUGUUUGGUUGGACCCCAUGGUUGGGUUUGGGUAUGUUUGGUUGGACACCAUGGCUGGGUUUGGGUAUGUUUGGUUGGACACCAUGGUUGGGUUUGGGUAUGUUUGGUUGGAUCUCAUGGUUGGGUUUGGGUAUGUUUGGUUGGACCCAUUGUCGGGUUUGGGUAUGUUUGGUUGGACACCAUUGUUGGGUUUGGGUAUGUUUGGUUGGACCCCAUGGCUGGGUUUGGGUAUGUUUGCUUGGACUCCAUGGUUGGGUUUGGGUAUGUUUGGUUGGACCCCAUGGUUGGGUUUGGGUACGUUUGCUUGGACCCCAUGGUUCGGUAGGGUAUGUUUGGUUGGACCCCAUGGUUGGGUUUGGGUAUGUUUGAUGGUUUCCAUAUAA